GCCGCCAGGUGCUCCAGGGCCGAGAUCCGGCGGCCGCUGCGGACGCCCGGUGCGCCUGGGCCGUGCUGAUCGUGGCCCUCGGGUGGGCGGGGGGCUCAGCUCUCCCUCUCAGGAACUGUUAACUGCCCCCACCUGCAGACUGAGACGGGGCCGGGGACGGGGACGGGCAGCCCGCCCUUGGCACCGAAACCACGCCCAAGCGUCCUGCACACCUGUAACAAAGGCCAGGGAGCCAUUCUAGCUGAGUGGGGGGAGGGGCAGGCGCCUUGCAGCUCACUGUGUGAAGUGAUGUCCCAGAAGCAGAGGGGGCUCCUACCGUCAGGAAGGAGGCAGGGGAGGCGGCGAGUCACCCCCAGCGCGGCCCCCGCACGACCCACACCGCGCACAGCACCCUGCACGGCCUGGUCUCCCCGGGGCACUGUCAUGGAUCUCCACGGUGCCUUAGCAGGGAGAUGCCCUGCAUUGCCCACCCAGCCCCUCCCCCAUGUGGCUGGCCGCUGCUCGGCCUUCCCAGCUGCCCGCUCCCUCGGGUUUCCCUGCGCUCCCCGUGUUCCCUGUGGGAGCCCCGUGGGAGCCCGUGUGGCCCUGUGGGUGAAACGCAGGUGAAUUCGCACACAGAAUCUGCUCACUGCUCCGGGAAGGAGCACAGCCGGAGACGUCGGGGAGGCCGCGUGCUGAGCUCUGCAGAGCGUGGCGCUCAGGGGUGGGGGGCUCGGGGAUGGGUGUGUGACGGUCGGUGCUGAGCGGAGAGACUGAGGCUGGGUGGUGGGCGGCGUAGUCGCGGCGCAUUUUCCAGGGUCGUAGGACUUGGGCACUGAGAGCAGACGGCUGGGAGGACCGUGAGGGGGUGUCUUUGGAGGGAGGGGCUGUGCCCCCCAUCGACCCCUGGCUUCCCCGGGAUCCCGGGGAGCGUGAGGCGUCCCCUGAAGUUAGGCAGGCGUCGUGACGGGCCUGGCUCACCCCGGGGUGCUGUGUUGGACGCCGCGGUGAGAGCAGGGAACACACAGCCUGGGGCCGCCCCCCGGUGCCAAGUGGCCCUCGGCGGGGCACCCAUCCUCCCUGUGAACCAAGGAUGCCGUCACCGUGCCACGUCUCAGGGUCUUUGGUCCUCUCUGGAGACCACAGGGCUCCCGGGUGAGGAGCUGUCACAGCCACGGGCACAAGGCCAGUGCCGUGCCAGCAUCAGCUGUUACCCGGGUGACGGCCUUGAGAAGGCAUGCUGGGAAGAGUCGCACGGUGGCGGCCGCUGCGCCGUUCAUUCAGCCUGUAUCCGUCAGAGGACUCCACGUUCCUCUCAUGCUUAUUCCUGGACGCAGGAAGCCCUCCCAUCUGGCUGUUCACCCCCGGAUGCCUGGCCCGGCCUAGGCUGACGCCGGGAGCUGGGAUUCCCAGGUGGUGGCUUGGCCACUGUGCCAAGCGCCCACUCCGAGGGUUUUUCUCCCUGGUCAAGGACCCGGGUACGCAAGGGUCUCCUUGGCACCUGACCUUGGAUUCCUGUUUGUUUGUUUGUUUGUUUGUUUUUAAAGAUUUAUUUGAAGGUCAGAGUUACAGAAAGAGGUCUUCCAUCUGCUGGCUCGCUACCUAGGUGGCCGCAACAGCCGGGUUUGGACCUGGCCAAAGCCAGGAGCCAGGAGCUUCUUCCAGGUCUCCCACACGGGUGCAGGGGCCCAAGGACUUGGACCAUCCUCCACUGCUUUCCCAGACCACAGCAGAGAGCUGGGUGGAAAGAGGAGCAGCUGGGACUUGAACCAGUGCCCAUCUGGGAUGCCGGCACUGCAGGUGGAAGCUUUACUGGCUACGCCACAGCGCCGGCCCCUGACCGUGGAUCCCGAGGCUUUGGAGAACGCGGAACACCUGCAGUCCUGGUGCACACUGGAACUCUGCAGGGGGGAGUGCGGCGAAGCCCCCUCCCCCACUUCUAGGCUGCCUGCGCCCAGCUAACCCGGCAGCCCCUGCUUUACCGACAGCCUGGCGGAGACCAAGCCAGACCGAGCUCCACCACGCGCUGGGCAGGUCCACCUGCGGCUUCGGUUCUGGAGGUGGCACUGCCCAGGCUGGGGGUGCACACGGAGCUGGCCUCCUGGCGGGUGGACUUCCAGAGUGCCUGCCUUUUUACGGCCUCACCAACAGGGGGCGCAGUGCAGUGCUGGGAUGUUGCUUUCUUAGCAGAAAGGGUCUCAUUUUGAUUUGCAUUUCUCCUACGCGUGGGGGGGGGUCCUCAUGUCUGGAAGUCACUGUGGCAAUUGCACGGAUCUCCUUUCCUGUGAACUGUCGUGUGCUUUGUGCGUGUUUGGGUAGAGGUUCACUGUCGUGUGCUUUGUGCGUGUUUGGGUAGAGGUUCACUGUCGUGUGCUUUGUGCGUGUUUGGGUAGAGGUUCACUGUCGUGUGCUUUGUGCGUGUUUGGGUCGUGGUUCACUGUCGUGUGCUUUGUCUGUGUUUGGGUCGUGGUUCACUGUCGUGUGCUUUGUGCGUGUUUGGGUCGUGGUUCACUGUCGUGUGCUUUGUGCGUGUUUGGGUCGUGGUUCACUGUCGUGUGCUUUGUCUGUGUUUGGGUAGUGGUUCACUGUCGUGUGCUUUGUCCGUGUUUGGGUAGUGGUUCACUGUCGUGUGCUUUGUGCGUGUUUGGGUCGUGGUUCACUGUCGUUUCCCUACGCAUGUCCAGGAGCUUGUUGUAUGGCGGGGAGGUCAGCUUUACUGUUUUUCUCUUAUUUGGGAAGCAGAGGGCUCUCAUCCGCUGGUUCACGCCCCAAAGGCCACAAUGCCUGGGCUGGGCCAAAGCCAGGGGCUGGGAACUCAAUUCAGGUCUCCCAUGUGGGUGACAGGAGCCCGAGGACCUGAGCCGCCACCUGCUGCCUGCCAGGCUGGAGCAGGGGCCUGGGCCCAGGCGCUGGGAGGGGCAGGCAGGCGUCUUCACUGCUAGGCUGAGCGCCCAUUUCGGGGGAUGAGCUGGAGCUGGGUGCUGGGCCCAGGCGCUGGGAGGGGAGGCUGCAUCCUUGGUGUUUAUCUGUGCCGUGAGUGGCAGAGCAUUUUCCUGUUUGCCCGUGGGGUGCACGCAUGUGUGUGUAUGUGUGCGUGUUUGCCCGUGGGGUACAUGUGUACAUGUGUGUGUUUGCCAGUGGGGUACAUGCGUGCAUGUGUGUGUUUGCCUGUGGGGUACAUGCGUGCAUGUGUGUGUUUGCCUGUGGGGUACAUGUGUGCAUGUGUGCGUGUGUUUGCCCGUGGGGUACAUGCGUGCAUGUGUGAGUGUGUGCCCGUGGGGUACAUGCAUGCAUGUGUGUGUGUUUGCCUGUGGGGUACAUGCGUGCAUGUGUGCGUGUUUGCCUGUGGGGUACAUGCAUGCAUGUGUGUGUGUGUUUGCCUGUGGGGUACAUGUGUGCAUGUGUGCGUGUGUUUGCCCGUGGGGUACAUGCAUGCAUGUAUGUGUUGUUUGCCCGUGGGGUACAUGUGUACAUGUGUGUGUUUGCCCGUGAGGUACAUGCAUACAUGUGUGUGUGUUUGCCCGUGGGGUACAUGUGUGCAUGUGUGUGUUUGCCUGUGGGGUACAUGCGUGCAUGUGUGUGCGUGUUUGCCCGUGGGGUACAUGCGUGCAUGUGUGUGCGUGUUUGCCCGUGGGGUACAUGCGUGCAUGUGUGAGUGUGUUUGCCCGUGGGGUACAUGCGUGCAUGUGUGCGUGUGUUUGCCCGUGGGGUACAUGCGUGCAUGUGUGAGUGUGUUUGCCCGUGGGGUACAUGCGUGCAUGUGUGUGUGUGUUUGCUGUGGGGUACAUGUGUGCAUGUGUGCGUGUGUUUGCCUGUGGGGUACAUGUGUACAUGUGUGUGUUUGCCUGUGGGGUACAUGCAUGCAUGUGUGCGUGUUUGCUGUGGGGUACAUGUGUGCAUGUGUGCGUGUGUUUGCCUGUGGGGUACAUGUGUACAUGUGUGUGUUUGCCUGUGGGGUACAUGCAUGCAUGUGUGCGUGUUUGCUGUGGGGUACAUGUGUACAUGUGUGUGUGUGUUUGCCCAUGGGGUACAUGCGUGCAUGUGUGUGUGUUUGCCCGUGGGGUACAUGCGUGCAUGUGUGUGCGUGUUUGCCCGUGGGGGACAUGCGUACAUGUGUGUGUGUGUUUUCCCUGCUUAUUUUUAUGUGGCAGGUUACUCCCUGAAUACCCUCAGUAGGCAGGGCUGGGCAGCUGUCCAUCCUGCUGUCCCACGUGGAUGUGGUGGGGACCCCACUGCUUGAGCCAUCACUGCACACACUAGGGUGCGCAUGAGGUGGGAGUUGGGCCAGAGUGGAGGGGGUGCUUGACCCUGGGAGCUCUGAUCUGGGACUUGGAGGUCCCCGAGCGCCAUCUCAGUCACCGGCUGCACGCCCGCCGGAGGCCGGCGCUCCUCUGCCGGCCGGGGUGCAGGGCUCCCUCUGCUGCUGGCCUCGGAUUCUCCUCCCCUUCCUUUCCUUUGCUGGAUAGCGGCUGAGUGUCGGCUCCUGCCCGUCGGCUCUGAGCAGGCCCCGGGGCUGGUGGGCAGUGGACCGGCCCGCGGUCGGGGCUGGAGCUGUUCCCCCAGGUGGCCCCGGUGCACCGUGCACCGAGAAGUGGCGUCCGAGGAGGUGGGGAAGGAAGGGCUGUGCUGAGGCCCCCUCCCUACCCCCCAGGAAAGCUUCACAGGCAGUCGGCAGCGGUGCCAGCUCCCCCGACAGCCUGUGCCGGCCUAAGGAGCGUCUCCUUCAUGACUCAGGGCCGUGCUGGCACUGGGCUUGCCCUGCCUCCUGGCCGGUGCCCCGGCUUGUCCCCGGGCUGUGUGGUGCUGUCUGUGGGCGUGGGCAGAGUCCUGGGUGGGCGGUGGGGGGUUUUCCCAGGGCAGAAAGGCCUUGGUCAGCCGUUCCUCUCUCGCUCUGCCACGCUCUGUGUCUGCCUCGAUUUCUCUCUCUGUGUCUCUUGCUCCUCCUCUCUCUCUGCCUCUGUCGCCUCCUCACCAGGCUGGGCUCUGCCCAGGCGCCCACCCCUGCAGGGGCCGUGCUCACCCCCGCGCUUCUCCCUCCUGCUCCCUCACUUUCGUUUCUGCUCUGCUCCCUCCUCCAGCUUCUGCCUUCCUCACGGCUUUGUGGAGCCCGUGACCUCCGCCCACCGCCGGCCGCAGGAGACCAAGGCCAGGCAGUGCCUGCAAGGCUGGCUCAGGACUCCUGGGCUUUGUGCCAGCACAGCUGUCCCCCUCCUCUUCCUUUUGGGGGUCUGGGUGUUGGAGAAGCAGUGACUGGCCAGCUUCCGCUAAGCCGAAGAGUGCCAUGAAGGGGUGGCCCAGCCUCACAAGAGCCCAGGGGACCCCAAUUCUCCCAGGCCUCCCAGGCUGUGAGAACAGAGCAGGGCACCCAAGCCCUGGAGCCCGACUCUUCAUGGUGCCUGGGGAGACAUGAUGACAGAGAUUAUGACAGUGCUGAUGGCCACAGCAGCCACUGCUUAGAGGCUGAGGAAUCACCCCGUUGUAACCACAGUGUGGUCUCAGGCUCCACCCUGCAGUGCUGAUUCUGGGCAGCCUGGGUUUGAAUCUGAUGACCCCACCACGCGAUUUCAGCCUGCUAGGUGAGACCCAUACCUGCCCUCAGGGAAGUGCCCGGCCAAGAGCCCACAUUGCUGUUGGGAUCGAGGCUCCCUGGUGCCCUCCUGGGGCCACCUGCUGGCCAGAGUGAUGCCUGCUGGCCGGGGUGAUGCCUGCUGAUGGGGGUGACACCUGCUGAUGGGGGUGAUGCCUACUGGCCGGGGUGACGCCUGCUGAUGGGGGUGACACCUGCUGAUGGGGGUGAUGCCUGCUGAUGGGGGUGACACCUGCUGAUGGGGGUGAUGCCUACUGGCCAGGGUGACGCCUGCUGAUGGGAGUGACACCUGCUGAUGGGGGUGAUGCCUGCUGAUGGGGGUGACGCUUGCUGAUGGGGGUGACGCCUGCUGGUGGGGGUGACGCCUGCUGGUGGAGGUGACGCCUGCUGAUGGGGGUGAUGCCUGCUGGCUGGGGUGAUGCCUGCUGGCCAGGGGUGACUCCUGCUGGCCAAGUGUGACACCUGCUGGCCGGGGGUGACUCCUGCUAGCCAGAGGUGACUCCUGCUGGCCAAGGUGACAUCUGCUGGCUGGGGGGACUCCUGCUGGCUGAAGUGACACCUGCCGUUCCCUCUUUCCU